AUGACCCUGAGCACGGAGAUGUCCGAUGCCUCUGGCCUCGCCGAGGAGACAGACAUCGACGUGGUGGGGGAGGGCGAGGACGAGGAGGAGGAGGACGAUGACGACGAGGGCGGCGGCGGCGGCGGCCGGUCCCGGUUGCCUGGCUCGGCCCAGCGGCGGCGGCGCUCUUACGCCGGGGAGGACGAACUCGAGGACCUGGAGGAGGAGGACGACGACGAUGACCUGCUGCUGGCCUCGCGGCCCGCCGCGUCCCCCGCGCCUCCGGGUCCUGCGCCCGCCCCGGGGACCGGAUCCGGCGGCUGCAGCGGCGCCGGAGCGGGAGGUGGCGCGGGAGGUGGCGCGGGCACGGGCACGGGCACGGGCGGGGGCGCCAAGAACCCGCUGGUGAAGCCGCCCUACUCGUACAUCGCGCUCAUCACCAUGGCCAUCCUGCAGAGCCCUAAGAAGCGCCUGACGCUCAGCGAGAUCUGCGAGUUCAUCAGCGGCCGCUUCCCUUACUACCGGGAGAAGUUCCCCGCCUGGCAGAACAGCAUCCGUCACAACCUGUCGCUCAACGACUGCUUCGUCAAGAUCCCGCGCGAGCCAGGCAACCCGGGCAAGGGCAACUACUGGACACUCGACCCGGAGUCUGCAGACAUGUUCGACAACGGCAGCUUCCUGCGGCGCCGCAAGCGCUUCAAGCGCCAGCCGCUGCUCGCUCCCCACGCGGCGGCCGAGGCGCUGUUGCUGCGCGGUGCGGGGCCGGCGGCGGGCGCGGGGGACCCGGGCGCCGCGCUCUUCCCGCCGCCGCCUCCGCCGCCCGCCUGCGGCUACGGAGCCUACGGCUGCGCCUACGGCCUGCAGCUGCCGCCCUGCGCGCCGCCCUCCGCGCUCUUCGCCGCCGCCGCAGCCGCCGCCGCCGCCGCCUUCCAUCCGCACUCGCCCCCGCCACCGCCCCCGCCGCCGCCGCCGCCGCCCCCCGGUGCGGCCGCCGAGCUGGCGCGGACUGCCUUCGGCUACCGGCCGCACGCGCUGGCCGCCGCCCUGCCCGGCCCGUUGCAGGCGGCCGCAGUCAAGGCGGGAGGCCCUGGCGCCGCAGCGCUCGCACGCUCGCCCUUCUCCAUCGAGAGCCUCAUCGGGCGCACUCGGGGUCCCGCGGCCCCCGGUGCGCACGCCUCGCCCGGGGCCGCCAGCGGGACCGUCCCGGGAGCCGGGGGCGGAGGCUGCGCGGUGCAGGCGGCUGCGGCUCCGGCAGUCGCGCUCACUCGCUCGCUUGUGGUCGCCGCCGCGGCCGCCGCCUCCUCCGUGUCGUCGUCCGCCGCUCUGGGGACUCUGCACCAAGGGACUGCGCUGUCCAGUGUGGAGAACUUUACUGCUAGGAUUUCCAAUUGUUAG